GUUAAAAGCGUUGAAAAGCGCUCUGACGGACUUCUGACAAUCAAAACGAAUACUGGAAUUAUUGAUGAAGUAGAGACAUUGAUAUGGGCUGUUGGAAGAACACCGUCUACAGAAAAGUUGAACCUCGAUAAGGUUGGCGUGAAAACUGACGCAAAAGGUCAUGUUAUUGUCGAUAAAUUCCAAACUACCUCUAAUCCUUCAAUAUUGUGCGUUGGUGAUGCCGCCGGAAAAUACCUCCUUACUCCAGUGGCCAUAGCUGCUGGUCGCCGCCUUUCACAUCGCCUUUUCAAUAACGAGCUCUUCGAACUACCUCCGAUAUGA